AUGGAAAGAGGUGUUCUUUUGCCACAAACCAAUGAGAAGAAGUCAAAGAAGUCGAAGAAAACUGAUGUUGGGUCUUCGGGUAACGAGUUAACUGAAAAGGAAGUUAUUCCUUCGAAGACUGGUGUAUUUAGAAGAAUCAAAAUGAAAUCGAAGUCCAAGCAUAAAGGACGAUCCUCUCUUACGAAUAUUGUUCGCAAACCUCAAGUUUCACAUCAAGGGGUAAUUUUUCGUGAAGUACCUGCUCCUGCUUCACCAUCUUUGAAAAAGCAAAUAGCUGCUGACAUGGCAACACAAAUCUCAAAGAAGAAGAUGCAUAGGGUGAUUCUUUCCUCAGACUCUACUACAGAUGAGGGUGAUAUUAUUCCCGAGACACUUGAGGCAACUUUGAUUAAAGAUUCUUCUCAACUGGAUACUUCUGUUAGUAGACCACCCGAAGCUUCAAUUGCUAAAAUAGUUACUCUGGAGGCACGAACUUCAGACAUCCCUGUAAACAUAUCUGAUAUGGAUACAAAUGUCAUCAUGGGUGAGGACGAUUCGAAUAAAGCAGCAAGAGGUAAACCUUCAAGUGUUGUUUCCGAUUCUUUCAUUUCUUUACCUCCACAGAUUACUCCCAUUGUUCCUAUAACAUCCACAACCGAUUCUUCAACCUUUGCAAACAUUAUAUCACAACCUUUCACAACUAUUUUUUCUUCACAAUCAACUGAUCCACCAACCACUACUUCUCUGAUAAAAGAUUCAUUUAUGGAUAUGGAAAAUGAGUCUAAAGGUUUUGGAGGAACCACUGAGAAUCUGGAGUUUGAUGAUGAGGAAACAAGCUUCCCAGAUCAUAUGCUAAUGGAACUACGCGAAGACAUGGAGAAAGAAAUAUCGGUUGUUCGAACUGAGAUUGAUUCCAUCAACAAAAAGGGGGAUAUUAUUUGUGACGUAGUUAUGAAAUUUGGAAAGUUAUAUGAAAGUCUGAGCCCUGAGAUUACUCAACUUUCAACUAACGAUAACAAGAAUUUUUUGGAGGUGUUCGAACUCUUGAAAGAACUUAAAACAAGCCCCUUUGUCACACAUCUCUAG